GCACCGUGUGGGGAGGAGUCACAGCUGCGUCUCCGACUUUCGCUCCCACUAGCCCUGCCGCGGAGGCGGAGGAGCUGGACGAGGAGCUGGACGAGGAGCGGCCCAGAGCGCCCGACUUGUCUUCGCUGCCUCUGCAGCCGCCGCCGGGGGUCUGGCGCUUCCCAAAACCUUCGGGCACUGGGCUUGGCCGUCGCCGGGAGAACAUGGCGCCCUGGACGCUGUGGCGCUGCUGCCAGCGCAUCGUGGGCUGGGUACCUGUGCUCUUCAUCACCUUCGUGGUCGUCUGGUCCUACUACGCGUACGUGGUGGAGCUGUGCAUAUUUACUAUUUUUGGAAAUGAAGAAAACGGAAAGACCGUUGUUUACCUUGUGGCUUUCCAUCUGUUCUUUGUUAUGUUUGUAUGGUCCUAUUGGAUGACGAUUUUCACAUCUCCCGCUUCCCCCUCCAAAGAGUUCUACUUGUCCAAUUCUGAAAAGGAACGUUAUGAAAAGGAAUUCAGCCAAGAAAGACAACAAGAAAUUUUGAGAAGAGCAGCAAGAGCCUUACCUGUCUAUACCGUAUCAACUUCAAGAACUAUCAGAUACUGUGAAAAAUGUCAGUUGAUUAAACCUGAUCGGGCACAUCAUUGCUCAGCAUGUGACACAUGUGUUCUUAAGAUGGAUCAUCACUGUCCUUGGGUGAAUAACUGUGUGGGAUUUUCUAAUUACAAAUUCUUCCUGCUGUUUUUAUUAUAUUCCCUAUUAUAUUGCCUUUUCGUGGCAGUAACAGUAUUAGAGUACUUUAUAAAAUUUUGGACGAAUGAACUGGCAGAUACACGUGCAAAAUUCCACGUACUGUUUCUUUUCUUUGUGUCUGCAAUGUUCUUCAUCAGCGUCCUCUCGCUCUUCAGCUACCACUGCUGGUUAGUUGGAAAAAAUAGAACAACAAUAGAAUCGUUCCGUGCACCCACGUUUGCAUAUGGAUCUGAUGGAAAUGGUUUCUCUCUUGGAUGCAGUAAAAAUUGGAGACAAGUCUUUGGUGAUGAAAAGAAAUAUUGGCUACUUCCAGUAUUUUCAAGCUUGGGUGAUGGUUGCAGUUUUCCAACUCGCCUUGUUGGAUUGGACCCAGAACAAGUUUCUGUUGCAAACCAAAAUGAGUAUCCCAGAAGUAUUGGCUCAAACCAACCUUUUCCUAUCAAACCACUUAGUGAAUCAAAAAACCGCUUGUUGGACAGUGAAUCUCAGUGGCUAGAGAAUGGAGCUGAAGAAAGCAUUGGCAGAUCAGGGACAAAUAACCAUGUUACAGUGGCAAUAGAAAAUUGAGUACCACUUGUUCAUAACUAACCAUUUGAAUAAGAGCAAGGUGUAUAAAAACAUAAUAUUGACUGACAUUUUUGAUUUCACUUGUAAGAAAAUAAUCAAUGGAUUAAAAUAAUUGAAGUAUAACAGAAGAUAUAUUUUUUAAAAAAGGAAGCCUUUGUACACUUCGCUGGAUUCACAGAAGCACUACUCCAGAGCAGAACGAUGCCUUAAUCUUAAAUGUCCAUUUGUACAACAUUGAUUUACACCUAUAAAGUAACUUAAUUUUACUGUGGAAAUAAUACUUACCUGUUAUGAGAUACUAUAAUAUGAACUGUCAUCACAUGUUAACACAGCAUAUGUAUUUUUUUCAAUACCUGAGUUACAUUAUUAGAGUUGUUUCUUAGUAUCCAUCUAAAUUUUCACUCCAAAAACACAAGCUAAAAACUUGUUUUAAGUAAAGUACAUCUAGGGCAAAUGGUGGCUGAAAGUGAAUAAUAUCCAGAUUAUUGUUGCUUGUACUGUAUAAGGAAAAGAAAAUAACCACUUUUUAAAAUUGGGUAUUUGCUAAUUUAUAAUUACUAUUUUAUACUUUUCAACAUUUUUAAUAAAGUUUUUUUAUUGUUGGCUAUAAAAUAACACUCAGAAGGAUUCAGAUAUCAAAAUAUAAUCAUUGAGAAUGUAGAAUGCAUUGAUAUAAUUAAUUGAAGGCUUAGUUAUAAGCUUUAAUACAACCAUGUAGUAUAUAGUGUGUGCCCAAGGCUUGAAGGACAUAUGGUGGUCUAAGAAAUAGUUUGACUUCUUUCUGCUUUUUAAUAAGAUUUUUGUUAAACUUUCAGGGGUAUAUACAUAUGGGCAGGGAAACAUAUUACAUGUGCUAUAGAAAUAGUGGACACAGUAGGAAGUGCUGGGAGUGCCUAGAAGAAAAGCAAAGGGAAUAGAGAUGUAGGAUAUUGCAUAAGCUGUUAAAAAAUAUUUUGAGGCUUGGGGCCUGUAGUGCAGCGGUUAGGGU